UGAGAGUAUGCACUAGCACUUAAAAAAAACAAAAAUGGGUGACAAAACUUUAGAAACUGAGGAUAUCCCUCGGAGCGUAAUAAAUGAAGACGAACCGAUUAAUAAAAGUCUAACAAUGCUACCAUGGGACAGAUUUUCUAACUGGAUCCACUGUGCCUGUGUUGUGACUUUUGAUUUGGAGUUGGGCCAGGCUAUGGAGUUAAUUUACCCUGGCCAUAUCAAGUUAACAGAUAAAGAGAAAAUGAAUAUAUGUUAUCUCUCCUUUCCUGAUUCCAAUUCAGGCUGCAUGGGUGAUACACAGUUUCACUUUAGAAUACGUCAGUGUCCAGGUAGAAAGCCUCUUGUUCGAGCCCAUAGCCAGUACAACAGAGAUUGUCCAGUAACAUUGCAGUUAGAUGAUGCUCACUAUUAUGGUUUUGUUUACUUUAGACAGACUAAGGACAGGUCGAUACGUCGAGGAUAUUUUCAGAAGUCUGUUGUUCUCAUCACUAAACUGCCUUUUAUAGCCUUAUUUAAUCAAGUCAUUAGUAUUAUUGCCCCUGAGUACUUUGACAAUGGGGAACCUAGUCUUGAAGCAGCCUGCCAUGACAUCGAUCAAUGGCCUUUACCUGUGCCAGGUGACACACUCAAUCUUCCCAUAAUGGGCUCAGUUAUACAGGUCAGACUUUCCUGUAGGUCAGACAAGCUGAUAGGUAGUGUACCACCUAAGUAUAGUCAGACGCAUUCCAUUCCUGCUCACUCUAUUUUACCAUCAAUACAUGAAGUAGAUAUUUACAGUUCAUUUCUUAGUAUAUUACCACAUGUUCAACUUCUUUGGGAAUUGGUGCUUAUAGGGGAGCCCAUUGUAGUGAUGGCGUCAUCUCCAACUAUAACAUGUAAUACCGUACAAGCUCUUGUCAACAUGAUAGCACCACUUAAGUUUUGCAGUGAUUUCAGACCUUAUUUUACUAUUCAUGACAGUGAAUUUAGAGAAUACACAACGAAAACACAGGCUCCGCCACCGGUUAUACUGGGAGUGACAAAUCCAUUUUUUGCCAAAACUCUGCAGCAUUGGCCUCAUAUUAUCAGGAUUGGUGAAAUGGGACCAUUAGGGAGUUCACCUAAGCUUGCCAACAAAGUCAAGAAAGCUGCUGCUUUGAAGACUUUGGAUUCCAACCCAGGAGUCUACACCAGAUACAAGUCUUUUCUCACCAAAGAUAAAGCGAUACUUAAACGUCUUAUGAAAGGUUCCCAGCUGAAGAGACCUGUAGAAGCUCAGAAUGCCAUCUUGAGAAGACAUUUGUUAGAACUUACUCACAGCUUUAUGAUUCCUUUAGAGAGAUAUAUAACAAGCUUGAUGCCUCUACAGCGAAACAUUUCACCUCACAAGGGCCCUCCAAAGCUGCGACCUUUUGAGACGGAAAAGUUUAUAGAAACAUUGGAACAGUCAGGACCUCAGUUGACAUCAGGAAUAAAAGGGGAUUGGGAGGCUUUGUAUAGGCGCUUCUUCCGUUCACCAAACUUUGAAGGCUGGUACUAUCAAAGGCAAAAAGAAGUCAACCAAAAAUUGCAGUUGUUACAUCUUGAAGCUUUAAGUAAUGCUAAUUUAUCCGAAUGGAUUGCUGAUAAAGAAGAAGUUCAAAUUAUUGAUCUUAUUCUCAAAAUAAAAGACAAACUGAAUUUCGCUACUCACAAUCACGGCCUUGUUGGAAAAGAAAGUGUGUCAAGGUUACAGAAGCAGCUGGAAGAUAUUGUCUCCACUCUGCCUGAUGAUCUGCAGAGCGUCAUUAAAACGUGACACCAAAUUGAGACACCUCCCAUCUCUGGGGAACAAUUACACUUGAUAUUUCAAAGUUCCAUUGUGAUGUGAUCAGUCGACAAUUAUGCCUGUGUUGUUGUUUUUUUUCAAAACAAAGCUCUAGCAGACAUCUGACGUUAGUCAAAUAUAGGUUUUUAUGAAGGCAACCACCCAACUCAGGAAUUAAUUGUUAGGUUGUCAAUACCCAAGUUAAAAGAAAGGAAUACAAAAACAUCUCUCAGUGAUCAGAAAAAAAAAAUGAGUUUCCGUACCUCUCACAUUUUCUUAAACAUUUCCUUUCACUAUUUAUUGAUUCUGACAACUGGGGGUGAUGACUGUAACCUGUGCAGUUUCAAAUCAAAACAUAUAUAUAAAUACUGUAGAUUCUUGUUAUUAACCAUUGUAAAUAUAUUCUUUUAAUGUGUUUCAAUUUAUGCAAAACGUUCGAGCACAGUUUUAAGUUGUGUUUUAAUGAGAAUAAAUGUUUUAAGUUUUGAGAAUAUUCUACAAUUGUAACCGGAUGUUGUAUUUUUACUAGACAUUGAGUUCUUUAAAAAAAACAGAACCAUAAAGAUGUCAUGUUAUCCAGAAGUUGCAAAAAAUGGAAUAUUGGGAAUAAUUUUAAAAUGUUUCUCAGUUCCAGGGACUUACUGUAUUAUUCUAUAGUUUUAUAUAACUCUUUCCAUGUUCAGGCUUGAUACAAUGUUCUCAUUAACUGUAUUAUAAAAAGAGUAACAAAAAGUUAUAAGAUUGUUCAUUAGGGUGUACUGUUGAAAGCUGGUCUUAUACAAUGUACUAUUUAAAGCUGGUUGCAUUCAUUCAACUGUUUAAAGCUGGUUGUAUACAGUGUACUAGUAUACUAUUUAAAGCUAGUCGUUUAUAUUGUCAUGUUUAAAGCUGGUUGUGUACAGUCUACUAUCAGGUUGUAUUCAUCAUCAAAUAUUAAUUAUUAGAGCAUUGUGUCUUUUUUUAUGUUAUAUUAAACAAGUUGACUUUGUAUACUUCAAAGUAAAUUGAUCAUUUCUUUUCUACAUAGUGGUGUUAAGUAGAAUAAAACAAAUAGUGUUAUUUUGUAAAUGGCAACUCUUAUUGUAUAAUACUCUAAAACUGCACAAGUGAACAACCAGAGCAGCUAUUCUGAACAUCAACUUGGAUCAAAACAUAUUGUAUUUCUUACCCGUUCAUCUCUUUCAAACCUCAGUGCAACUUUAGAAUGAGUUGAAGUCAUCUUAUUUUGUUACUCUAAUUCUGUUUCAUUGGUUAUUGUAUUUGUAGUAAGUUCUUGUUAUUAAUUGUAAUGUAAACCUAAACAAGUUUUCUCUUAUUCACUAUAUGAGAGGGAAAAAAAUGUAUGUUGGGCUAGUGAUCAAUUCUGGAAUAUUUAAAGUAAUUUCAUUUAAAAAAAUGUUUUGUUGUUUGUUUUUUUUUACUUGUAGUGUCAGGAUUAAUUGACUACUAGUUUAUCCUGGCUGCCAACAUAAUCUAUAACUUUCAUGUGAUAAAUUUCUUCUUUUGCAAUAUGCUGUUCAACAUUUAAAUUCAUUUGUAUCAAUUUAGUUUCAAACACGUCCCAAAUUUUAAAGUUUCCUAUUGUGCUCCGCCAAGAGAGUCCCAUGUGCUUUAUAAAUUUGAAUAGUUAUUUUUUUUAUUUUUUUUUUUUACCAUUGCAGUUAAUAGUUGAAUCUAUAAUACAUGAUUCUUUAUAGCAUUUCAAAAUGUUAUUCAACUCUAUUUAAUGUGUUGUUUUCAUGAAAGGAAAGGAAGAAACAUUUUUGUUAGUUUCUUUCACAAGUCAUUGAAUUGUUACAUGUAUUUAUCAAGUUUAAGGGUAUUAGUUUAUUAGGGCUUGCUUUAAAACAUUCUACUGUUUCUUUGGUGUUUACAAGCUUUUAAUGCACAGAUGAUUUGAUCUCAUGUCUUUGCAAUUUGAAUUAAGAAGAGAUCACAGAGCUUGAUUUGAAUGAUGUAGCAGAUAGAAGUGUAUGCCAUUUGUGUGUCCAGAGUUAUCAUCAGACACAGCAUUUCUAUAGCAUCUAGGCAUUUUCAGUCAAGAUAGGAAAUAUCUAUAGGUAUUACUAAACCUAAGACUGUUUUACUGAUCUUUAUUGAACCUUUGUUGUUAUUGCAAGGACUCCUUUCUCAAUGAAAAACAACAACAUUCCACAAAAGAGACUAGACUCAACAUACAAAGAAGUUCAUUGAGUGACAUCAUACACACAGACAUCUGGAUCCUCCUCACUUUUCCCAGGUCAGUGCUGAUACAGUCUGGGUCAAGAACAAACUUUUCUAAUGCCUUUCAUUAAAUGCCUCAACAUGUGGAAUUAACAAAAAUGACUUUGUCCUAAUUUGAAAUGCCCUGAUUGAAAAACUUUUUAAUAACAAAGCUUUAUUUUACUGGGAUUACCAAGGAAUCCAAUAUCAUUGUUUCAUUUACUACCUAAUACAUUCUGAGAGUGAGAAAGCUUAUUAUAUGCUCUCCAUUUGUCAAUUGGGUAUUACUACUGACAAGGAAAUGUAUAAAAUAUAAAGAGUUUCAUAAUUUCAGGAUUCCUUUUAAACUCUGUUCUGUUCAGAAUUAUAUUGUGUUGUUGUUGUUUUUUUUGUGUGUGUUUUAAAAAAAUGAAGUCAAAAUGAUAAAAAGUAAAAAAAAAAUUACUUUCGUUUUUCUCUAUGCUCUUGAUUUAGACCUGGGUGUUGAUGUAAGUGUUAUCAAGUGUACAUGUCAAAGUCUUUAAAUUUCCAUGAUAUAUGUUUAUCAAAUAGUACAUCAAACAAUCAAGUUAUUGCUUUUUAAAAAGAUAACUAGUGUUGCCUAUUUAGUAUUAUUAAUAUAUGUAUUACUAACCCACAUGUGUUUUUAUUUAAGUAAUGUAUACAGAAGUUCCACCGUGUAAAUUAAAUCUGCUAUUUAAUUGGCCAAAAUAAACUAUAUAAAUAUUUAAACAUGAUGUACCCGGUAAUGUGUCGAAAUUUUAUAUGAAUUAGUCAUGAAACCUGCACCAUAUUGAAAGACAUUGGUUUUCUUUAAUUGAAAGGGUAUUUUAUAUUUUAGAACUGAACUGAGAUUCUUUGAAGUUUUAGUUUAAUAAUAACAUAUCUCCUAUAUUACACUGUUAAUACUGUGUCUCAUGUUUCUAUAGUUACUGACUAUGUAAUGACCUUUGUUCAUUUUGUCUAUUUAAUGUCUCGGCUUCUGUUGAAGAAAUAAAAACGUGUGUGAGUGUGCAAAAACUUGUGUGAUUGUGCAAACAUACCAUAAAAUUUGAAUUGUUGCUGCAUAAGGGUGAAAAUUUAGUAGUACAGAUUUUUAAAUACUGUUGUGAAUGUAAAUGUUUGGUAAAUGUAAAUUUUAUUUAAGCACUACUAUCCAAGUACUUAUAUGAAUGGUGUGUAGUUCUCAAUAUUGUAUCUAAGUGCCAUUGUGAAUUUUUAACUAUUUAGCCAGUGGUCUUUUUUUUUUUAGUUAAGUACAUAGUCUAAUGAACUUUGCAAGGGUCUUUCUGUAAGUUACAAAUUCUAUUAUAGGACAUUGAAGAAAAGAACAAAUAAUGUUCAGUAGAAGACAAUGGAGAUGUAGGUAAAUCAGCUGAUAAUAUAAAAUUGUGUAACAUAAUACACAGUAACUUAUAGUAAUUACUGUGUUUAUGGCCAACCAAACAUCAGGAUCAGCAAUAAUUUUUGUAAGCAUCAUUAAGUUAUGCAAACAAAGUUCUAUUGGCCAAGGAAUUGUUUUUUGAGUUUUUUGAAUUGUAAAAAAUAUCCGCCUAUUGUUUAACUGAUAAUGCAAUAUAAGAAGGUCACUUGAUAAAAUAGUCAAAUUGUAUUGUUUUCUGAAAGUAUUUUUGAUUCAGUUAAUUCAUUUCAAAAUUCAACUUAAUCCGGUGAACAUAGAUAUCUUUGUUGGGUUUAAAUUGAUUCAUAAUUGAAAAUCCUGUCAAAUGUUUUUAUUUUCAUUUCCUGAAAAUGUAUUUUUGUUUACUUUUCACCAAGUGACUGAUUUAGUCUGGCAAAUGUCAGAAAUAUCUUAUUCUCCUUUUAAUUGCAAUCAAAAGAUUUCACAAUUUAAAUCCAUAUACUGUAAGCCUAAUAGAAUCUCAAUGAUUUGUUUACAAUUGAAGAAGGGGUGUUUAUUAUAUUUUGUUGUUCAUUAUUGGCCUUUGUUAAGUCAUAACUACAAGAAGGUUUCCACAGCAAUUUUGUCUUCAAAAGUCUUUUGUCUCUUAGAAAAUAAAUUAAGUUUGCAGUUUAACUAGAAGUGUUAUUGCCAUCACUUCUUUAGACGAAGUUCUUAGAAAAUAAAUUAAGUUUGCAGUUUAACUAGAAGUGUUAUUGCCAUCACUUCUUUAGAUGAAGAGAAUGUGAUGUGACACAAUGUACAUAUUGUUUGAUUAAUCAGUAAGCGACAAAAAUAUUAUCAACUUUCAUUUAUUUUCUCCUUUUCUUAGAUUUUUUCCUUCCCCCACUGAAAAACCUAUUUACCACCAUUUUAGUCUAUGCUCUGGUAAUAAAUAUUUAUACAUUACUAGUGUCAAAGUGUUUAUAUAGAUAAUGUAAGCCCACCACACCAAAGAACCUCCAUAUCUCUGAGCCCUAAGUACAUUCAUUUUAGUAUUCUCUGUUCAUCUGAAGAUUAUUUUACUUUUAGUUUACUCUAUCUUGACUUGUCAAUGGUAGGCUGUUGUUUUACCUAACUAGUGAUUAGGACAUGGAAAGUUAAUGACAUGAAAGAUACACAACUAAUUGCUGUGCCAUAAAAGACCCUUUUUUGUUUAACUACUCCCUGAAAUAGACACUUAAUGUAAUGAAAGGGGAGGGCUUUAUAAAAAGCAUACUUUUUCCCACCCAUAGAUUAAGUAUCAAUUUCUUUUUAUACUCAAGUUCCAAGAUCACAGCAUUGAUACCGCAGUGUUUUGUUACUUGAUACCAUAAUGUAUUCUCUAGUCAUAAAUCCUGACCACUUUCUCUUGUUACAUUGGUCAUUUUGCUCCUACUUUCUACCAACUAUUAUAUGUUUUUUUUUAUUUUCAUUCUUUGACUUUAGUGAAAAUUGUUAUUUGUUUGUAAUAUUUUUGUUAUUAUCUCAGAUAUGCCAAGUAGAUAUUUGUUUGGGGUAAGCCUACUUACUUCAGAAAGGUUCUUAACAUGAUCUACUUUAGUAUUGUCACAUCUUAAUGUUACGCAAGUCACUACCAAUAUCAAAUUUGUUGUUUUUUUUUCAUUUAUAUUUGAAAUACUUUGUUCACUUUACCCUGUCUGGUUUGUUUGUAUGGUACUUAAAAUAAUAUGUUGUAGCUGUUUUGUUUUUGAUUUGUUGAUGUUGCUAGUCUGAGUCUGACUUCAAUUUAUAAAUGUUGGUGAUCUUUUACUUAGACAAGGUACAUCUUGGACAUGCAGUUUGUACUUCUAUUUGACACAGAAAUUAUUUUGCAGUUUUUACUUUUAUGUGACACAGAAAUUAUUAUUUUGUGUGUACUUCUAAAUGACAAUUUCAUUGAAUAUGUCUUAAAACUUGAUAACAUGGAAAAUUACAAAGAAAAAUAAAAAAAGAUUGCAAUUUUU